AUGUCUGCAGAUCUUGAUGAAUUCCGGCCGCCGGCGAUCAAAACACAGUCCGACGGCGACAGUAUCCGAUGCAUCGGAGAUCGAGAUUCCGAUAUUCCGGUGACCCCUGAGCACAGCAAGAUCCCGGCGAUCCUCACCUGCCCGCCAGCGCCGAGGAAGCGGCGGCCGUCAAGGAGGCGCGUGGGAGGCACGUGCAAGAGGAAGCUUCGCGUGUUGGAUUUCUUCGAGAUCGUCGCCGCCGAAGAAAUCGAAGAGUUCUUCAGAACCUCCGAGGAAAAACUCGGCGGCGGCGCCGCCGUCAAGAAGAGAUGCGUAAUGUAA